CGCCACUACAGACGUUUUCAAUAUACACUCAUCUACUUUGUACAUAUCAUACAUCUCUCCCAUACUUUGAGAUAAAAUGUGCCACUUUAAAUUUGCUAAAGUGAUGAUGGUCCUCUCCAACCUGCUAAUUUUGUCGGGUGGCCUGACCUUACUGGCCAUGGGAAUCUGGGCAAGUGUAGACGGGACAUCGUAUCUUAAGAUCCUGGCACCAUUCUCCAGCCAAGGCAUGCAGCAUGUCAAUGUGCGUUAUUUCUGCAUUGCAAUUGGGACCUUACUGGUACUGCUGGGAUUAUUGGGCUCCUUUGGAAUGCAUAAGGAGAGUAAAUGCCUUCUGCUCACAUUCUUCUGCAUCAUCUUCAUCAUUUUUAUUGCUGAAGUAGCAGCUGCAGUCGUGACUCUGGCUUAUUCAUCAUUUGGAUGUUUUGAAUAUAUCUUGAAGACCCUUAAAGAGCAUGCAAACAUUGUGGGAGGAAUUGCAGGAGGUGUCUGUAUACUGGAGAUGUCUGCAUUGAUAUCGUCAAUGUACUUAUACUGUUGCAUGGACAAUAGAGGAAGGUGAGACAGCAAAUGGGUAAACAUCAAGCAAUAAGAAUGGAUCACAAUGAUCUCUUAAAGUAAUCCUGGAAGUUUCAUCUAAAAUUUUUGAGAUCUUGUCAACAAUAAUUGUGAAUAAAGUCAUUUAGCAAUAUAAUGCAUCUGUUCUGUAAAUUGUAUUUCUUCAAUGCUUUCUUCAAUUUUCUACUCAAGAUGACAUCAGAAAAUAACACUGAUGUUUGGUUGGGGCGCAAGAUGGAUGUGAAGGCACAAGACAAUAUUAGGGUUCUAGCACUUUAGUACUAUACGUUUUAAAAACAUUAAACUCAAAAAUAAAAUGAAAAAAA